AUGGCGGCCGCCAAGCCCGGCGAGCUGAUGGGCAUCUGCUCCAGCUACCAGGCGGUGAUGCCGCACUUCGCGUGCCUGGCCGACGAGCUCCCGCAGCCCAUGCGGCCCGCCAAGCUGUCCAAGGGCAAGGGCCGGCUGCGGCGGCCCCGCCAGUCCCGUUUCAAGACGCAGCCGGUGACCUUCGACGAGAUCCAGGAGGUGGAGGAGGAGGGGGCGUCCCCGAUGGAGGAGGAGAAGGCCAAGAAGUCGUUCCUGCAGAGCCUGGAGUGCCUGCGCCGCAGCACGCAGAGCCUGUCGCUGCAGAGGGAGCCGCUCAGCGGCUGCAAACUGAGGAACAGCCUGGACUCCAGCGACUCCGACUCGGCCCUGUGA